UCCAUUCGGCUCCAUUUCUCAUCAAGAAUCACAAUUCUUUCGUGCUCUCAUAGUCUCCUUAAUCUUUAAUCUCUUCUUGUGCCAAAUCUCCUUUCAAGCUUUCUUUCAACGCUCCUCAAGAUGCAGAUCUUUGUGAAAACCCUAACCGGCAAAACCAUCACGCUCGAAGUCGAGAGCUCCGACACGAUCGACAAUGUUAAAGCGAAGAUCCAGGAUAAGGAAGGCAUUCCGCCGGAUCAGCAGCGCCUUAUCUUCGCCGGAAAGCAGCUCGAAGACGGCCGGACGCUUGCCGAUUACAAUAUCCAGAAGGAAUCUACGCUCCACCUCGUCCUCCGUCUUCGCGGCGGAAUGCAGAUUUUCGUCAAAACGCUAACGGGGAAGACGAUCACGCUCGAGGUUGAGAGCUCCGACACCAUUGAUAACGUCAAGGCUAAGAUUCAAGACAAGGAGGGAAUUCCGCCGGAUCAACAGCGUCUGAUUUUCGCCGGUAAGCAGCUCGAAGACGGCCGAACCCUAGCCGAUUACAACAUUCAAAAGGAAUCCACGCUCCACCUUGUCCUUCGUCUCCGCGGCGGGAUGCAGAUUUUCGUGAAAACUCUGACGGGCAAAACGAUCACUCUCGAGGUGGAAAGCUCCGACACAAUCGAUAACGUCAAGGCCAAAAUUCAAGACAAGGAAGGAAUCCCUCCGGAUCAACAGCGUCUAAUUUUCGCCGGAAAGCAGCUCGAAGACGGUAGAACCCUAGCCGAUUACAACAUACAGAAGGAAUCGACUCUCCAUCUCGUCCUCCGUCUGCGUGGUGGAAUGCAAAUUUUCGUCAAAACCCUCACCGGCAAAACGAUCACCCUCGAAGUCGAGAGCUCUGACACAAUCGACAACGUGAAGGCGAAAAUUCAGGACAAGGAGGGAAUUCCACCAGAUCAGCAGAGGCUCAUCUUCGCUGGGAAGCAACUUGAAGACGGUCGGACUCUGGCGGAUUACAACAUCCAGAAGGAAUCGACAUUGCAUUUGGUACUGAGGCUGCGCGGUGGGAUGCAGAUCUUUGUCAAGACAUUGACAGGAAAGACCAUAACACUGGAGGUGGAGAGUUCCGACACCAUUGACAACGUCAAGGCCAAGAUUCAGGAUAAAGAAGGCAUCCCACCCGACCAACAGAGGCUGAUUUUCGCUGGCAAGCAGCUUGAAGAUGGUAGGACUUUGGCUGAUUACAACAUUCAGAAAGAGUCUACUCUGCAUUUGGUUCUCCGCCUUCGUGGUGGCUAUGGAGCUUGAAUUUGAGGAUAUGGCUUCUCAUCUAUCAGGGGAAUUAUCUUCCAGUUUCUUCAGUCCUUAUAUUUGUUUGUUCCUGGGAGUUGUAAUGUCUCUGUUUUAUCUUGAAUCUACUAUCUAAAUAAACAUAUGGUGCUUGCUAUAUAGAAAGUGUUUCUGAUC